AGAACAACAGAAAAUCUAACACAAACGUACAAAUACAAAUACAAAAUAUUGUUCAAAAGCUCCGGCUAGAUUAACUGUAAUAACAUCGACAACAUUAACAAUAAUUGCGUUAUAAUUUCGUCGUAAUAGCGCGUAAAUUGUCGGCGGACGUCGUGACAUAUGUCAAUAUGAGCUUUCUCAGUUCGAUGCAACAGUAUGUAACCAGUAGCAUUUCAAGUCUCGGAUUAGGUAAUCGUCGUUUCUCUUUGUCACGUCAAGAGUCCACAGAGCAGCCACAAAAUGUCAAUACUACAACGACCAGCUCGUUUACGCCUAUACCUACACCACACAUACAAAGUUUGGGCGGCACAGGCAGCGGUGGUAGCAGUAGUAGUAGUAGUAUCUUCAGUGUUGUAGCACCGUCAGUGGCCAGUGGCAGCGGCAUUAGCAGUUAUCCAGCGGGUGGUGUAGUCAUUGGAAAUCCAAAUGCCACAAAUCCAUUAUUGGGUUAUCCUAAAGUAAUACCUACACCGGGUACACCGGUUUUAAGUAUUGUACCUCCUUUAUUACCGCCAGCUCCAGCAUCGGCUAAUUCUACGCCAUUAAGUCAACGAAGACAAUCUCGUGCUCUGGAAUGUUUAGUUCCUCCGCGUACCGGUUCAUUUCGCCAGCGUAAUUCGCCUUUACACCAAACAGAUCCACCUCCUCGUCCGCCAUUGGCUUUCUGCAAACGCCGUCUAUCAUGGCCCGAAGUGGAUCCACGUUCAAAUUCAGGCGUGCAGGAGACAGAUGGUUCCUAUUUUGAGAAUUUCACAUCGUUAGGAUGGAAACGUGAAAACCGUCGUAUGUCAGCUACACGUGCCGCCGAAGCACGUGCCGAAGCGAAUCCGGAAAAUGAACGUGAUAUACCUGUACCAAGCAAUGAAGAAUCUCUGGAUAUACAGGAAGAGAAAGAGAAACUAUAUGUGGAUGUAUUGAAUACCAUAGUUAAUACGGUGGGUGCACCGGCACCAGGUGGGCAGUAUACUCACUACAAAGAUGAAAUGUAUUUGCAUGCUCAACGAGCAUUCGGCAUAAAUCCGGAUCGUCAUUAUCGUUUAUUACACGCCACCGAAGAGAAACCUAAGGUUAUUGUCUUAACGGUGGUAGUUAUCGAGGCUGAGGGCCUAGAAGCGAAAGAUGCGAACGGAUUUUCAGAUCCGUAUUGCAUGUUGGGAAUACAACCAGAUGGUGGCCCACCCGUAUCACCGUUACCACUGCCACCGACACCGCGUGCUCUCUCAGCUGAUAUGAGCGGUUUCGAUAAUAACGCCACCGAUUCACCGCCUCACCGCAAACACAGUUUUCGUUUGAGUUUUAAAAGACGAGAGGGUGCCCGUCGGGAACAGCGUGAUUCAUUAGGCGGUCCGGUGCCAGCAAAGUUUAUUUGUGCCACUUCCAUUAAACCGCACACAUUAAAUCCCAAAUGGAAUGAGAAAUUUAAGUUCGACAUUGAUGAAAUAAACACGGACACUUUUCAUUUGGACAUUUGGGAUCAUGAUGACGAGAGUUGUGUCUUGGAUGCGGUAUCACGUUUGAAUGAGGUGCGAGGUGUACGCGGUUUGGGGCGGUUUUUUAAACAAGUGUGUCAGUCAGCCCGUCAGGGGUCACAAGAUGAUUUUCUCGGUAGCGUUAAUAUACCGAUUGCGGAUAUACCAUCAACCGGUCUGGAAUGUUGGUUUAAAUUGGAAGCACGUAGUCACCGUAGCACUGUGCAAGGACGUAUACGACUUAAAUUAUGGUUAUCAACACGUGACGGGCAAACUAGUGAUUUAGGUGAUGGUAUCGGUGAAAGGGAUAACAGUGCGGAGGUGAAUAAAAUUGAACAAUUACAUACGGUGUUUAUGCAGCAUGAAAUAGCCACACAUGAACCCUCAUGGACGUGGAACGGAGAGCUGCCAGGUCCAGCCUUGACGAUACUCCAUCAAAUGGCUGUACAGGCAGACUUGCUCGAACUACAUUGUGUGAUAGCAAGAUUUGUAGCAGCUGCCAAAUUAAAUCGUAAUACACCAUUGGAUCCGAAAUUUAUGCAUCGCCUAUUAACGGAGGUGGAAAAACAGUGGAAUUCUUCCUGUCCGGAACAACUGACACGUGAACUGGAGCAAUGGCUGGCGGAGGCUAUGAAUGGUUUUGUGGAACGUUCGCUUAAUCAAAUACGUCGUCAUCGUGAUAUUUUCCCCGCUUUACAUCCUCCCUCUCUAAUACGCCUUGAGUUUCUUUUAAGAUGCCUCGGAUUGUUGGGCUCAAUGCGCGCUUUUCGCGUUGUCUGCCCCUUCAAUAAGGGUGUUCGCGGUGAAGUGGUCAAUGCUCUGCGAAAAGGCUCGAUAACUUGGGGCCAGAAUAUAUUGCGCGAUGGUCAAACUUUACCAAAUCCAUUGGCACAUUUUGUUACUAUCCUAACGGCGGAUAUACAAGUGGGACAAUCCUAUUAUCAUUCUUUAUUUGACAACACGAACGGCAUUCAAUAUUUUACGAUAAUUUAUAAGCAAUUCGAUGCUAUGAUCGGUGACGAAGUGUAUAGUCGUAUGGAAUUGGGACAAGUGCCGGGUGUGCGAUUAAAUUUGGCUCAUUACACAGUGCUGGAAGGCGAGAGCGAUUCCAUUGAUGUUAAACCAUUCGAUUUGUUUUUGGCUCUUCAGGAAUUCUCUCAAUUGAAACGGUUUCUUUCGGCUCAACCUCAACCACCUGAAAAACCUUUGGCGUUGGCUCAAUAUCAUCUAUGGUUUAUACCUACGUUUGAACGUUGGAUGAUGGUUAGUAAAGCCAAAGCCUUGCAGCGUAUCCGCGCGGCGAUACGUUUAGAUGCAAUUUGUGAGGGUGAUCGGGUUGUGCGCUAUAGUUCAUCGUCGGUGGAUACAGCCUCGGUAUUAGUGAAUAUUAGAGAGUUUUGGAAGAAUAUGAUGUGGCCGGACGAAGAGACUGGUAUUAUGUUAGAAUCGCAACUAGUUGAUGUUGUAUGCGCAACGGCCAUGCAUUAUUGUGAUUUGAUACAUACAGCUUUGGCUGAUAGUGGUUACUAUGAGCAACAAGGUCCCUUUCGUUGCUCGGACGAUAUGUGUGUUACAGUCAAUAAUCUAGAAUAUGUACGCUGUUCUUUGGCAGGAUUUCGUUCGGAUGAGAAUCCUUUAGAAGAGAUCGCUGAUAACUUGUUGGAAACUAGUUUAGCUCAUAUGGAGAACCGUUGCGAGCGUAUACUCUCGAAAUUGGCUCCGCUUAUGCAAACAUCUUUACAAAAGGCCGUUUUUCAUUUAGCUUGGUCUCCCGAUUCAUUGCCCGCCAACCAGGCUAUAGUCCCACUCUUGGAAUAUCUAGACUCUCACUUGGGCGCUUUAAAUAGCGCAUUAUUGCCUAAGAAUUUUAAUCGUGCUUUACGUUUUAUAUGGAAAACCGUUUUAAGCGAAAUGUCGCGUCAAAUGGAGACUGGUGAUGAAUCCGAGAAGCCAUCAAAUUUCCAUAAACGUCUCUAUGAAGCUUUACAAUUAUUAGUGGAUUUCUUUCAUGCCGAAAGUCAAGGUUUAUCUAUGGACUGUUUGCAUUCAGAUGAUUUUUGGCGCAUUGAACAACGCUUACAGUUUCAUAAAACUGAGACUUUGCGUUUGAUCGACAUGUUUUAUAUGAAUCGUUUAAGGGAACAAAUAAUGGCCAAUUUACCAGGUCCAUACGGUGCUGUUGUGGUCAGAGCAUAUUUUAAUCACGAUUCGCUUUGUGUCGAAGUUUUGCACGCUCGCGAUAUUGUCCCAUUAGAUCCUAACGGUUUCAGUGAUCCAUUCGUUAUAAUCGAACUUUUCCCACGACGUGUAUUUGCUCACUGCUUAGAGCAGCAAACCAAUGUCCAUAAGAGAACCUUAAAUCCUGUUUUUGAUGAAUGUUUUGAGUUUUCUGUUACUUUGGAACAAUGCCAAACUGAAGGCGCUAUGAUUUGUUUCACCGUUAUGGAUCAUGAUGUGUUAACGGCCAACGAUUUCGGCGGUGAGGCCUUUCUUGCAUUGGGGACUAUACCUGGCGUUGCUGAUUACAGUAGCAGUGUUGAAAAUUUCCAUGGCUUGAAACAAAUCGAAUUACCUUUAAUGCAGCAACGCGAUAAAAAUAAUCCCAUUCUACAGAUAUUGGAAUUGCGUGUUAACGAUAAACUGGCUCAGGAUUUUGUGCGCAAACAAAAGGCACGAAGUAUUCAGUAAAUUACAAAAAAAAAAAUAGAAAACGGGAGGAGAAUGACUAGAGCAUCAGUAAUAACAAUUGUAUUGGAAGGGAGGUAAAUUGUCGGGGAAAUGAAAAAUGAAAAGAAUUCUUGUGACCUAUAAAUACAAUCAAAAUAAAUGCACGAAGGUAUGUGUGAUUAACUAACAGUUAGGUAUGUUAAGUAAUCAAGUAUUAAACUUUAAUUGAGCAUAAGAAUAUAAGAAGAUCAAGACGACAACACAAUAUUAAUGAAAGCAUUGUGCAUUUGGCGUGAAGGGUAAGACGAGAAGAGAAAAGAAAACCGAAGAAGAGAAAUGAAAAGAAAAGAAAGGAAGAAGAAAAAAA